AUGGUCAUUUGUGGCUCUGUGUGCAAACCCUUGAAGAGACAAAUACUGAAAUGGAAGUUGAAGAAGGCUCCUCCGAUGUUACUCAAUUUCCAGCAGAUUCAAUGUGUAUUCUGCCACCAGAAAUCAUCACUGAAAUCUUCUCCAGGCUUCGGUAAAAUCUCUGUUGAAAUUCAGGCUGUUGACUUGAGUUAUCCCAUUGAAGACGACAGUUAUAGGCUCAAUAUUGUGGGAGGUUGCAAUGGGUUGAUUUUACUUGCUAAUAGGUCCAUUAAAUAUUUGGUUCUAUGGAAUUCAACAAUUAGAAAACACAAGAAUUUGCCUGAAUUUAGACCUAGGCGGGAAGAACCAUAUUAUGAUCCCGUAUAUGGUUUUGGGUAUGAUGAGCUCCAUCAUGAUUAUAAGGCAGUGUGUAUUUUUUAUAAUUAUACUAAUGAUUUUGUAGAUGACGUUGAAGUCAAAGUGUAUAGUCUAAAGAGUGAGUCUUGGAAUAGUGUUGAGUAUUUUGGGGAGUCAUUCUUUAUCAAAAACAGUGGUGGUUUUUAUGAGGACACUUUGCACUCUACGCUUUCUUGUGGAUGGAAAGCUUCAUUGGGAUAUAGCCAGUAA